UGCGAUUAUUUAAUUGGUUCACGUGCGGAUCAAUAGACCCGCCUUCUUCAAAUUGUGGUUUCUCAUUGGUGUAACGUGAGAUCCGUCACCAAAAUGGUAACAAACGAUUGGCUUCCAAUCGAAACCAAUCAACUAUUUUCUUUCACGUCAUUACAUUGCGACUCAACCACGCUGACGACAACAGAAGCUUGACCUUACGGAAUUUAAAAGCUUUUCGUAGCAAUUUUCCUCAAUGUUUCAACAGAAUACAAUUCGGGUUACGAAUCGUAUAUUUUGGCACUGGCAUAGAAGUUAUACUUUGUUGACAUCAUGGACUCGGUUAUCAAGGACAAGACUACUGCACGUACAACCGCUUGCAUCAGGGACCAGUCAAUGGUCCACUUCACAGUCAAGACACAGCAGUGGUCCGACUUUGCCAGUUGCUUUCAGGCAGUAUCGAAGAGAUGUACCUCUAGAUAAACAAUUCUCUACCACAACACACGUCUGCAGCGAUUCCAUUGGGAAGAUUCAUUCAACACAUUACCACUUGGUUUACACAUGCAAGGUGUGCUCAACCAGGUCAACAAAGAGGAUAUCCAAGGUAGCCUAUCAUAAAGGUGUUGUCCUAGUGACCUGCCCAGGAUGUGAAAAACACCACAUUAUUGCUGACAACUUGGGUUGGUUCUCUGACCUGAAGGGAAAGAGGAACAUUGAGGAAAUCCUUGCAGCGAAAGGGGAGAAGGUGAAGAGGGUAGAAGAAGAGGCGGCCUUCGAGAUUGUUAUAGACGAGUCUGGCAAGGAUACAACACAGACUGCUCAAGAUGCAAAGAAACCUUCACCAGAGUCUGACUCAGGGAAAUCAUGACUAACUCUCUGUGGGUGUGUGUGCGCACAUACAUGCAUUUGUCGAUGGACUGAUCACAACAAGGACACCAUUCUCUAUGAGGGAGAAAUGGCUAUUACUAAGUAAAUGCAACACUUCUUUUGAUAUUUCUAUCUCCAUAUUGUUUUCAUAAGAUUAUCAUUUCUUCUAAAACUAUUUUAUAACAACUGAACACUAGUGCCUGAAUAUUCCUUGGGUUUACACCAAUCUUACUACUACUGCACUGAUCACACUCAAACAGAAAAGGCUGAUGCUUGCAAUUCAUUUUUAUUGUAAAGUUGUAUGAUAUAAAGCAGGAAGAAUUAACACCCAAACGCCCAUUUAUGGCCCAUGGCAAACUGCCUAUCAUAGACCCUCUCCCUCUUCUUCCAGGGUGUCCUCCAGCAGCUCCUGAAAGCAAAGUUGUCAAUCCACAUGGAAGCAGAACAUAGAGUGCUCCUGUAAAACAAUUAUCCCGUCAGGAAUUCAUCAAAUAGUCAUUGAACGAAUGGGAUUCACAGUAAUACAUUUGUCUGAGAAUUUUCAAUCAUAAACCCCAGUUCUGGAGCCCCGAUCCUCUCAUCACAAGCCCAAGCACUUACCUCAUCUGCUCUAAUGUGUUUUCCUCUUCCUGCCUGCCUCCCUCCCUUUCAUCCUUUCCUAUUGAUGCUUCAACAGAUAAAGUGACCUCAUAUGCCACAAUCUGUUUCAAGAAAAAAACAUCCGAAAGCCCGCUCACAUGAGGUGAAUAAUCACAUGAGAUCAGGAAUUGUAGUGUUUGAGUUGAAAGACAUUGCAUAAAUUAACUUCUAUCAACACUAAUACAGUUGUCUACAGAGAACAGGCUUUGAUAGUAAACACUUACCUAAUGUAGUCAUGGAGCUGUGCUCCUCCUCCAACCCUCCCAUCCUUUCCAAUUGAUGCUUCAACAGAUCUGUUUCUUUGGCUGCUCUUCUCAUCUAUCUCAGACUUGAACAGGCUUAGAAAGAGGACAAAAGGAAACCAAAGCAACUUUAAAAGAGAAGUAGAAGAGGCAGACUUCAUUUCUUUUUGACAUGUCUGUUGGCUCUUUUUCCUGUGCUCUUGGUCUUCUCCUUUUCUGCUCAUCCUUAGUUAUUUAGAUAGUUAUUUUGGCCAUUCGUACAUUGGAAUUCUAGUUCCAUCUCCACUCUAUUACUCCUAUAAAAUGUUUUCACCUCUUUUCUCUGGGUCUCUGUUUAUCUUGCCACCCCUUGUGUUUUCCAUAACUUUCUUUUGAUCCACUCAGCUCUCCUUUACUGCUGAUCUCAUUUACCUUUUAUCCCAUGGUCCUUCCCGAUUCUGUCCUCAGAACUUGAAUUCUAUAUAUCCUACUUCCCUCCUGAUAAACCACUCUGGUCUCCCUUCCUCCUCUCUCAUGUUUCCUCCUCUUCACCCUCAUGCCUGGCUUCCUUAUGAUUUUUUCCUGCUUUUGCUAAUUUUCUCGUUUUGUUGUUUGUUUUUUUCUUUAAAAAAAAUCUAAUUUGUUUUUGUUUAUUUACAUCUAUUAACAUACCUAGGAGCAUUGACUUGUACAUUUCUUCUUUUGUCUGCUCCCUUUCUUUUAUAAUCUACUCAAAAGUUGUCAUUGACUCGUCCGCCAAUUUCUUCUGCUUCUUCCUUGUUCUUCUCUUCGCAGAGCGGUCUCUGGACGCUGCUCCCUCUCUUCCCUCCGCACAGAGGCGUCAGAUGUAGACGAUGUGACCUCGUAUGCCACCACCUGUUUUGCUCUCUGUGUCUGCCCUUUUUUCUGACACAGCGCACGCCUCUUUUCUCUUUCAAUCUGUGCAUUCCUCUCUUCUCUCUCAUACAGUUUCUCCAUCUCCAUCUUGAACCUGGCCUCGUGAUCUUUUAUUUUUUGAAGCUCUGCUCUCUUCUUAUCCUCGUCUCGUAUCCUUGUCUGCCUUUUCUGUUCCUCCUUCUCUUGUUCCUGCUGUAUCUUCAAUCUUCUUUUCUGUUCCACUUUCCUCCUCUUCUCUUCUUUCUCUCGUGCCUUUUGCUGCAUCUCCAACACCUUCAUUCUCUCCUUUUCCCUGUUCCUCUCCUCCUCCAUCCUCUGUUUCUCAAUCUUUUUCAACUUCUCUUCCCUCUUUUUCUCCAUCUUUUUCUCUUCCUCUGCCCUCUUUUUCUCUUCUUUUUCACGGGCCUUCUGUUGCAUCUCCUGCUUCUUUCUUUCUUUUUUCUCUCUCUUUUUCUCUUGUUCUCGUCUCUUUUUCUCAUGUUCGAUCUUUAGUUUCAUCUCUGCAUUCUCCCUUUUCCUCUGCUCCUCAAACUAGUUUUUUUCCAUAUUUUCUGUCCUUUUCCUUUCCUCCUCAUUCAAUUUCUUCUGUCUCUUUUCCCACUUCUUGAGCUCUUCAACCCUGGCUUUUUCCUUCCUCCUUUCGAUCUUCAUCAUCUCUUCAUUUCUCUUAGCCUCAUCCUUGAAAUAUUUGAUCCUGUCUGCGUAGCUCAUGGCAUUAAGUUCUUCUUUCCCUCGGCUCGCCAUCAUAGACAUUGCAUUGGCGGUUGCAUAUCUCCCUUCCAUUUUACCACUAUCAAUCUCCUUCCUGUCCCUCUCACCAUAAGGAUCCCUGUGUAGACAUCUCUGCUGUUGUCCACUCAUGCUCUCCUCACUUUCACUACUCCCCUCCUGACUUGUGUCCUCACUCACACAUCAUCCUCAGACGAGCACGAGGGAGUCACAGCCUUCUCAGUGAUGACGCGGAGCACCUUGAUGUAGUCAGCUUCUGUGUUCACCCUGUGAGCGAGCGGGCACAGCUCCUCGUAAAUGGAUUUCCAUGUGAGUGACUCCUCACGUACGUCGUCAGGCAGGUAUAGAUCAGAUGAUUGCCUCUUGAGCACAUUCACAACCUCUACCAGGUCCUGCUGGGUGUCCCCCUGAGUGUCCUCUCGGGCGGCCACUGGCGUGGCGUCUGGGCUGGCUGGGCGCUCGGGGGCUGUGGCAGGGGUAUUGGAUUGUUCUACUGCAGAGGAGCAGGAGGCCUCAGUGUCAUCGUUCUUGUCAUCGUUGUUUACCCUUUUCUUCAGAAUCUCUUCCUUUCUCUUUUGGGCCAUCCUCUCAAUCAGCUGUGCUUUAUACAUAUUUGCAAUUUCUGCACCUCUCCGUUGAACUUCCUCAGACAAUUCCUCAGACGAUGCAAUCUCUGGCCUCUUGACCUCAUCCUUGACCUUUGCCUGGCCAGUCAAUGGGGACCUGGGGUGGGCAUGCGGAUGGGUCUGUCUCAUCCGGGCAGGAGGGCCGGAAACCAGGGGGUGGGAUGGGACAGCAAAUCGGUGUGAAGCGUGUGGGUGUGACGUCUUGGACGUUGAAUGAGGCCAUCUUUCAGGGGAGGUGCAGCUCUGUGUGUCCAGAGGGGGAAAGAUUGAAUGUUUCUUAGAUGGGUCCUUCUGGGUGCCGGCAGCAUGCUGGUCUGGCUCCGAAUGGCUGUUGGCGAGGAACCUGUGGAGGUUGUACCAGGGGAAAGCUGGCAGUGUCGGGGAGACGGGACAAAGAAUGGAGGUGGAGCGCUGCUUGAUCACCCCUUUAUCCACCCCAAUCUGUAUGAUGACAGACACAUUUUUAUUACUUAAUAGCUUGAUGGUCAUUGUUAUUACUAUCUUAAAACAAUUACAUGUGUAUGGGUAAUAAAUAUCAUAAAGAAAA